GAAUGGAGCUGUGCAGAAGCAGGAAAUGUCAUGAGGAGAUAUUCUGUACCAGAUUGGCCGUUGCUCGCCACUUGCCUAAUCAGUGAAGCUAGUCUCAUGAAAUCUUCAAGAUGGAGUAGAUAUAUCUCAGCCUUGCCUCGGCAACCUUACUCACUUUUAUAUUGGACUCGCUCAGAAUUAGACCAGUAUCUAGCAGCUUCACAGAUCAGAGAAAGAGCAAUUGAAAGGAUUACUGAUGUAACUGGAACGUACAAUGAUUUGAAGAUAAAAAUAUUCUCCAAGUACCCUGAGUUGUUUCCUGAAGAGGUAUUUAACAUGGAGACUUUCAGAUGGUCCUUUGGCAUUCUCUUCUCUCGUUUGGUCCGUCUGCCAUCGAUGGAUGGAAAAGUGGCAUUAGUUCCUUGGGCAGAUAUGCUAAACCAUAGCUCUGAGGUGGAGACAUUUUUGGACUUUGACAAGUCAUCAAUGGGGGUAGUUUUUACAACUGACAGGUCUUAUCAACCAGGUGAGCAGGUGUUUAUCUCUUAUGGAAAGAAAUCAAAUGGAGAACUAUUGCUUUCAUAUGGUUUUGUUCCGAAGGAGGGUACGAAUCCCAACGAUUCGGUUGAGUUGUCUAUGUCUCUUGAUAAAUCUGACAAAUGCUAUAAAGAGAAGUUAGAAGCCUUGCAAAAGCAUGGUUUGUCAUCGCCUCAAAGGUUUCCUUUGCAGAUCACUGGCUGGCCAUUGGAAAUGAUGGCAUAUGCCUACCUUGUUGUCAGCCCACCAGAUAUGAGUCAAAAAUUUGAUGAGUUGGCUGCUGCUGCUUCCAGAAAAAGGAAGUCAGGAAAAAUGUAUCCAGAAUUAGAAGAGCAAACAUUACAAUUCAUCUUGGACUGUUGCGAGUCAAGCAUAUCAAAGUACACUAAAUUAUUGCAGGGUGGUAGCCCUCUCGAUCCAAUUACUACUAGCGCAAAACAAACCAAUCGGAAAUUACUUUUGAAGCAGCUAGCGGCAGACUUGUGCACCAGUGAGCGGAGAAUCUUAUUCCGUACUCAAUAUAUAUUGCGACGAAGGCUGAGGGACAUGAGAAAAGGUGAAUUAAGAGCCCUAACUAUACUAAAUGGAUUUAGGAAAUUGUUCAAAUAGCCAACAGCUACCACGGUGCAUUAUCAUGCAAAUGUAUCUCAUUUUUUCAUCUUGAAGAUGAGCUUAAUAUGUACCAUCAUUGUGAUGUAUUACCUUUUCUUAAGUGAACAUUUUGUGUACUGUUA